ACACGAUUUUGGAUUUAGAUGCAUUUUUGGAUUUAGAUGCAUUUUUGGAUUUAGAUGCAAUUUUGGAUUUAGAUAUAACUUUGGAUUUAGAUGUAACUUUGGAUUUAGACGUAGCUUUGG